AUGAAGAUAGUAACAUACAAUGUUAAUGGGUUAAGACAACGCAUCUCUCAGUUCGGCUCUCUUCGCAAACUACUCGACUCUUUCGAUGCCGAUAUCAUCUGCUUCCAGGAGACAAAAUUAAGAAGACAAGAACUAAAAUCGGAUUUAGAUUGGCUGAACGGAUAUGAAUCUUUUUUUUCUUGCACGCGUACUUCUGAUAAAGGCCGAACUGGCUAUUCCGGAGUAGCGACAUUUUGCCGUGUGAAAUCAGCUUUUUCGAGUGACGAAGUGGCACUGCCAGUGGCAGCAGAAGACGGCUUUACUGGUGUUUUAGAUACUUCUGGAAGUAAAAUUGCGGAAGGUCUUGAGGAAUUUGCAAAAGAUGAGCUCUGUAGGGUUGAUGGUGAGGGACGUUGUAUAAUCACGGAUCACGGUCAUUUCAUUCUGUUUAAUAUUUAUGGGCCACGAGCUGCUAGUGAUGAUGUGGACAGGAUUCAGUUUAAGCUUAUGUUUUUCAAGAUAUUGCAGAAAAGAUGGGAGUUUCUCUUGUGUCAAAAGAGGAGGAUAUUUGUGGUUGGUGAUCUCAACAUUGCUCCUGCUGCCAUAGAUCGCUGUGAGGCCGAACCGGAUUUUGAAAAGAAUGAGUUCAGAAGAUGGUUUAGAUCUAUGCUGGUGGAAUCCUGUGGCUCCUUUUUAGAUGUUUUCAGAGCAAAACAUCCUGAGAGAAGAGAUGCAUACACAUGCUGGCCAUCUAAUACAGGUGCAGAGCAAUUUAAUUAUGGGACCAGAAUUGACCAUAUUCUCUGUAGUGGACCAUGCUUUCAUCAAAAGCAUGACCUGGAAGGCCAUAACUUUGUAACUUGUCAUGUUAAGGAGUGUGACAUACUGGUAGAGUAUAAACGGUGGAAACCUGGAAAUACACUGAGAACCAGGUGGAAAGGAGGGCUGAAUAUCAAAUUAGAAGGUUCAGACCAUGCUCCUGUUUAUAUGAGUUUUGGGGAAGUUCCUGUUAUUCCCCAACAUAGCACUCCAUCUUUAGCUUCUAGAUACCUUCCCAUGAUUUGUGGUCUCCAGCAAACUCUUGUGUCUGUGUUAAUGAGAAGAGAAGUUGCUAAAGAAGCUAAAUCUUACGAGGCCCUAAGCUCACUUACUACCCAAAGUAUGAAAAUGGAGAGUUUCAGUGAGUGUGCUGAAAGAUCGUUCAACUGCCAUGAACCUGGAAUUUCCCCUGGUGACCAUUGUUCUUUUGCAAACCAAGAACCUAAAGGAGAAAUGUGGAAAAUGCAUGAGAAUCAUAGAGAUCUACCUAAUGAAGCUGUUUGCAACACCACAAUUACAGCUGGGAGUUGUAAGCAGAUUAAUUUAAUUCCUAGUGACAGAGCCAAGAAAAAAGCAAGAAAAAUUCAAUCUUCGCAACUCUCACUGAGGUCUUUUUUUCAGAAGAGUCCAAACCCUAGGCAUGAUGUGGACAAUUUGGUUACUGAUACCUCACUUCAUCAGGCAGAUGUCCCAGAGUCCCCUCAUCGCAAAACUCCUGUGACUGAUUAUAAUAACUGUCAUGCUGAGCUGCAUGAUGUGAAUUCGAGUGGAUGCUCACAGGAUCAAGAUGAACAAGAUGGCAAUUGUUCUUUGGACAAAGAGAAAAAUAAUGUUGCUUUACUUGAAUGGCAAAGAAUACGACAACUCAUGGAGAACAGUAUACCUCUUUGUAAGGGCCACAAGGAACCUUGUGUUGCUCGAGUGGUGAAGAAACCAGGUCCUACAUUUGGUCGCAGAUUUUAUGUUUGUGCUCGAGCUGAGGGACCUGCUUCUAAUUCUGAAGCAAAUUGUGGUUACUUUAAAUGGGCUUCUUCAAAAUCCAAGCACAAAAAAUGAUGGUGUAUCUUGGUCUGAAAAUGAAAGAUUUAAGCUGUCCAUCCCUACCUCUCCCAAGUCUUGCUUCCUUAGUCUGACUGAGGUUACAUUUUGAAACCUAAUUUUUACCUUUCCUGCGUUAUCAGUUCUCUUAAAAUUGGGUGUUAUUUGCAGCCUCAUACUGCACUGGGGGGAUGUUUAGCAUCUGUUGACAUUGUAUCUUCACAUGUAUUUAUCAGUGUAAUUACAUUUUUGUAAAGUGUAAUCUAGUAAAAUCGGAAAAAACAAAAAAAGUAGUUAAAAAAAAAAAGGAAAACAAGGUUUUCUUCCUCUAA